AUGGCGUCCCCGGGCGGCCGCUCGCUGGGCCUCCUGCUCUGGCUCCUGCUCCUCCCGCCUCCGCUCGGGGCGUCCUCCCCGCCGUCCUCCCCGCCGUCCUCCCCGUCGUCCCCGGGGGGCGGCCCUGAGGGCCCGGGCGCCAGCGUGUGGAGGGCUGCGGGGCCGCCGGCGACCUCCAGGCCGCACGAGGCCGCCACACCCCCGCAAGUGGUGCCGGUCACCCCACGUGCCUCUGGCUCCUAUGGGGCUGUGACCGAGGCACAGCCAACGCGAACGAAGCCGCUGCUCACUACAGGAUGCGGCCACAGGUCUAUGAGGAUAAUUGGUGGAUUGCCCGCUCCAGAGCGAAAGUGGCCCUGGCAGGUGAGCCUACAGAUCAAUGAAAAACACAUGUGCGGAGCCUCCCUCAUUGCCAGCCGGUGGGUGCUGACCGCAGCCCACUGCAUAUUUGGCUACGUGGAAUACACGGUGAAGAUGGGAGACAUCUACAUGAGGCAUACCUCCGAUAUGGCAGUCAAGAUCCCCGUCAAGGACAUCGUUAUUCACAAAGAUUACAAUCCUCUUGGAUUAAUUGAGAAUGAUAUUGCCCUCGUUCUGCUUGAGUUCCCUGUGAAUUUUUCCACCCACAUCCAUCCCGUGUGCCUCCCUGAAAAGGCAUUCUUGGUGCAAGCUGGUACAGAGUGCUGGGUGACUGGAUGGGGAAAGCUUAGCGAAAAAGAUUCAUCUCAAGAAACUACAGAGGAACUUCAGGAGGCCGAGCUAAACAUUAUCCGUUAUGAGAGAUGUAAUGAGAUACUCCAAACACAGUUGGAAACUAGUAGUGACGUAGUCAAGAAAGGGAUGCUGUGUGGUUAUAAUGUCCAAGGAAAGGAUGCCUGCCAGGGAGAUUCUGGGGGGCCCCUGGCCUGUGAAUUUAAUGAAACAUGGGUCCAGGUGGGGAUUGUGAGCUGGGGCAUUGGCUGUGGUCGUAAAAAUUAUCCUGGAAUUUAUACAGAAGUUAGUUUGUACAGGGACUGGGUCAUUGAUCACUUGAGUCAGGCUUGCUCUUGGGACUCAGCAGGCUUCUUCCCACUUCUGUGCCUGGUGCUGCCGCUGGGCAUCCUGGUGGCCCCGUGAUCACCCUGGCCCACUCCCCUCCUGUUUCUGAAUCUCUCACUGGGCCUCCUUGACCUCCCACUCCUACUCAAAUGCCCCUUCCUGCAAUUCUGGUUGGCAUCCACUGACCCUGUGGAGGACCACACAGUAGAAGAUGGCAGCAAGACUGGAGCCCAGAAAGUGCCCCAGCCUGAUGCCCCAAUCACCUGCCUCGGCCACACCCACACCUUGGCUGUGCUCUGCCUGCCUGGAAGGAGGGAGUGCAAGCAUGCCAGCCUGACAGCCAGCCAGCCUGCGAGGCGGACCCCGGUGCGUCCUUGCCAUCUUGGAGAGCCCCGACCACAGAAGAGACCUCAGGAGCAGUGAGACAGCACCGGAGCUGGGUGUGGGCUCAGGCUGUCACCUAAGACUCUGUCAGAGCAGUCAGCUUGCUGGUGGUGCAAGAGAGAGGGGAGGAGGCAUCACCAUGUCCCUGCUGAGGUGGGAGGCCUGGGGUUUCCACAUCUGCCUCAGGUGUGUGGGGCUGGGAGGAGUUCCCCUGUACCCAGCAAGGAUCUCCCUGUGCGUGGCCAGCCUGUGGCACACGGGCCCUCUGUGAUGGCAGCCCCGUGAUGGGGGCCCCCUUCCUCAGUAGCUAGUGGCCACAUCCAGGCUCACCCCAAGUUGUGUGGAGGCAGUGAUGGAGUGUGGAGAUCUUAGAUGUUAACUAAUAAAUGUUUGGAA